UUUUUCUACUUCACUCUCUUAAGUCGUUAGCGCCUGGAUCAGUUCAGCAAUAUUUUGCGUGAAGUCCCUGACUGAUUAAGAGUGAUGGGGCUGGUAGAUUCGGUAAAGGGUUUACCCGUACUCCUUCUCGUGGCACUCAUCUUGAUAUUGGUAGCCAAUCUGUUCAAUGGGAUUGCGUUUUCCACGACAGCAUGGGGAGAAUACUUCUCUUACAUCGCUAACUCCAAUGUAAUCGACCCAACGGCGAGGUACACGAACGUGGGCCUGUGGCGUACCUGUACAGGAACACAGGUGACAUACGCCCUUGAUGGCCUUGGGGCAUGCAGUUAUACUGCUCUAGGAACAGCACAAGGUUGGAUGGCGUGUGUUCAGGCCAUGGCUGUGUUUGGAUUUGCCGGAAUCUUGGGUUCUUUGAUUUUAAUGAUGGCUUACCUACUGGGAGAAAAGAACGGUGACUACCUACUGCUAGCGGCCUUUAUCUGCAUAAUCACAGGCGUCUUGUAUUUUAUUGGGAUCGUCAUAUACGGCGUGAAGUUUUACAGCCCUGUGAUCACUUCGGGUUUUGGGCGCACCUUGUCCUGGUCAUUUGGACUUGCAGUGAUUUCCAUGAUCCUCGAGAUAGUAGCUGGUGUACUGCUUCUGUUGGGCCGGAAAGGUACCGCUACUUCGCCGUCCUAGAACCUGACGAAGGACAUAUCAAAUAUUCCUACAAGCUGAGUUCGUUUACACAGUCUCUAUGCUCUCCAUUCCUCCAGCCCACCUCCCUCUCUUAAAAGAAAAGACAAUAAAUAAUCUAAUGUUAGUCAUUUGGGAAGAGGUGGAAACAGAUAUAAACAGUCACAACAGUUUUAUUCUGACGAACUUGUUAUCUUUUAAUCUGGAAUUACAGCGAAGCCAUGGGAGGCCUGAAAGUAUGAUCUUACAUCCUUUUUGGUUGGUAACUUCUGCCAUACGUUCUCCCUAUUCACUCCUCCCCUUCACCUCACGCCAAGAGCAUCCCGAAGCUGUAAAUGUUGUAUGGUUUUAGUGCUAAAGAAGCUGACUCUGAUCAUAAAGUCUUCUUAAUUAUUUUUCUAAAUCUUAAUUUAGUCACCGGUCAUUGAAAUAGGAUGGGUACAGUUUUUAUUACCCUAUUCCAGACUUGAGUUGACCUCAAGGUUAUUUGUGGUGAUGAUCUUGACCUUGUGAGCCCUAUAAUAACAUGACGUUGGCAAUGUUCAGAUAAUUUUCGUGCUUCUUGUUUUAAGAAGAGUUGCCCUAAGCCUGAACCUUAAUCAUAAUCACUAAACGGAGAGGCCUGAAUUACUUGAUGGACACGUUUUCACCGUGGGUCUCAAAUUGUCAUAUUUCCUUAAAAGACUAUCAACAGAAAGAUGUGAUCCCAAAAUAGUUGAGAUGACGCUGUCUUCCAUAAUCAAUCAAAUGAUUGAAUGAAUGAAUAAUUAUAGACCACCAGACGAAACUAAACAAAUUAUCAUAAACACAUAAUAAUGAAGGGAUUACCACGUAAAUUUCAUAUAUGCUACACGAACUUUUGAUCCUAUUUAUGAUUUAUUUAAUAAUUAAAGGUUUAAAAGAAUCCAGGUACGACUAUGAGUCUAAAACAGUCUACAUAUAUGAUAAACAUUCUUAGGGAUUUCGUUAUUUGUACCUGUUGCAACGACCACCUUACCACUCCAUAACGCCUUGGAGAACAACCACCCUAUCACUCUGUAACGUCUUUGUGAACAACCACCUUGACACCUCUGUAACACCCUGGUGAACAACUACCUUACCAUUCUGUAACGCCUUAGUGAACAACCACCUUAUCACUGUGUGAUGCCUUGGAGAACAUAUUGCUGUGAAGUGAAUCAUCGUAACGUUUUCCUUUCGUUGCCAUAUGGUGAACAUUGAUAUAUAUACGUGUAUAUAAGUUAUUGAAUAUUUUCUAUGAUCAACAGUAAAUGCUGACAGUUUGAUUGGGUUUUGUUUUUGCAAGAAGUAAAGAAUUAAUU